AUGGAUGCUCUAGCAAAAUAUCAAAUCGAUCGUUUCUUCGAAAAGUUCAGUCCAAUCUCCCAAGACGUCUGCGAUAACGAAGCUGCUAACAUUGCUGGCGGGGGGACUAUCAAGCCGACAUCUAUGCAAGGCGCCCAGAGCUAUACUGUUCAGAUUGUGAAUGAUGAAAAGAGUCUUGUCGUCCAGUUCCGCGAUCCCAAGUCCCCUAUCGACCUCGACCUUAUGACAACCGCGCGCGAGACAUACGGACGGGUAGUACCAGACUGUCAGCAUCUUAAGGGGCGACCAGGUCCUCUGCUAGUAUAUAAAAUGAACUAUAUAUCCGGGGAAUCGUUUCUUCUCGCUCGCACCGCUCUUCAUAGUGCCGAGAAUUUUGGUCUUCUAAGCCAGACGGUACAAGACUUUGCCGUAUUUUUUGCCUCUGCGUGGCAUAAUCGUCCAGUCUCAAUACUCGCAUUCAACAGCUCCUUAAUCCAGAACGACUAUCUGUCCCGCCUUGGACGCAUCACAAACAAACUACCCGUCAGCUUUUCGCCUCUACUGGACAAGCUCAAAAGCCAAUUAUCGUCCCUCUUCACCGAUGACUAUCCCAUGGUGAUCAACCACUGGGAUCUCCUUGAGAACAACAUUCACGUGGAUUUACAGACUGGCCAUUUGACCGGCAUCGUUGACUGGGGCGAUGCUGAAGUCGGUCCGUUUGCAUCACAGCUCUGGGGACUUGAGAAUAUUAUCGGUAUACGGACAACAACAGGGAUGCGCUUCCACUCCCAGCAUGUCCAGCUUCGUCGCUUAUUCUGGCAGAAGUUCUACAAGGAAAUUGGGGAUGUUUCCGAGGGUGUCAAGGAGGCAAUCCACACUUCGAGAAUGAUCGGUAUAUUUCUAGCCAACGGCGACUUCGCUAGUGCCCCAGCAGAUGCUAGAGAAAUGGAAGAGACUGUUCUGAGAUCGAUAACAUUGGAGUUAUCCGACGUCGGGCUCAGAACGUCAGGUGGAAGUAGCUAG